UAUUAUUAUUAUUAGUAUUAUUAGUAUUAUCUCCAACGAUCUAUAUCUCGUCAGUAACGCCGCUCGUUGCUGCUGCUGCUGCUGCUGCUGCUGCAUUUUGGAUCCGCGACCAACGAGUUGUGUGUUUUUCUUUCAUUGAUUAUUUUAUAUAUUUAACGAGGGCUAAAAGGGAACACGCGAAAAAAGAAGUGCGUUUCGCAAUCACGCACUCGUGCAUACUGAAUCACGUGUGAAAUCUAUUUCGUGUAAGCUGCACGCUCUGUUAAUUAAACGUUGUUGUGUAGUGGGGGGGUUUUUUUCUUUCUUUCUUUCUUCCCUUUCCUCUCCUUCCUUCUAAUUGAGGCAAACCCUCCUGAGCCCGAGAUUUUAAAAACGAGAUUUUGCCCCUGGCACAGCCCCCGAGGUAAUUAACCAACCAUCACAGACUGCGGGUCUCUAUCAGCUGCUGGGUGAGACGGUGCGACCGGAGGUGGGGAGUGGGACGUGUUGUGGGGGGCGAGGGGAGGUCGGACAGCAUCAGACCUCGUCUUCCUUUUUACCGGGAUGCAUCCGCUUUUAUUGACCAAGCGGCAGGACGAUCGGUUCAUAGUUUCUUCUUCUUCUUUUGUUUCUUUCUCCAGAUGUUACCGGUUAAUGUUAGGGUUUUUGAUUAAGUGUUGCUUGUUAUAGUGAGCUAAUAAUAGUUGGAUCGUGCCUCGUUAACAGCUGCGGCCAGGAGGGAUUUGGAGAGCCACGAUGUUGACGAGGCUGUUCAGUGACCCCUCGCUGCUGCCCGAGGUGCAGAAGUACUCCGGCUGGGCGGAGGACAGCGAAGACGACGAGUCCAAGAUCAAGGACGACGACCAGGACGCCCGGGACGACAUGGAGGCCUCCGAGCUGAGGGGGCUCGGCGGCAGCCGCACGCACUCCGAGCACGCCGGGGAGGACGACCUGGACGACGACAUGGACGACGACGACGACGACGUGGAGGACGAGGACGACGGGGGGGAGGACACGGAGGGGGACAGGCCCAAGAAGAGGGGCCCCAAGAAGCGCAAGAUGACGCCGGCCCGCAUCGAGCGCUCCAAAAUGCGACGGACGAAGGCGAACGCGCGCGAGCGGACCCGCAUGCACGACCUGAACUCCGCGCUCGACAAUCUGCGCAAGGUGGUGCCGUGCUACUCCAAGACGCAGAAACUGUCCAAGAUCGAGACGCUGCGCUUGGCCAAGAACUACAUCUGGGCCCUGUCGGAGAUACUGCGCUCCGGGAAGAGGCCCGACGUCGUGGCCUACGUGCAGACGCUGUGCAAGGGACUCUCCCAGCCCACCACCAACCUCGUGGCCGGGUGCCUGCAGCUCAACUCCCGCAACUUCCUGACCGAGCAGCAGUGUCAGGACGGGGCCAGGUACGGCUCCGGCUCCUUCUCCAUGCACUCCUACCCCUACCAGUGCGCGCGUCUGUCCAGCCCCCACUGCCAGCCGGGCUCGAACUCGCACGCGCUGAGGACGCCGCACGGCUACUGCGCGCCUUACGACUCUCUGUACGGCGGGAGCGGGUCCCCGGAGUACAACAGCCCCGAGUACGAGGGGCCCCUCAGCCCGCCCGUGUGCAUCAACGGCAACUUUUCCCUGAAGCACCAGGGCCCCGCGUCGCCCGACAACGAGAAGGGAUACCACUACUCUAUGCAUUACUCCGGCCUGCCCGCGGGCUCCAGACCCGCCGGGGCCCCCAACCUGGUGUUCGGCUCCACGGGGGCCCGGAGCGGCAUUCACUCUGAGAACGCCCUGCCUUACCACGACAUGCACUUACACCACGAGCGGGCCCCCGCGUACGACGAACUGAACGCGUUUUUUCACAAUUGAAAUUGAAUCUGUGCGUAAUCCUUGCAAUCAACAAUCGACCCACGGCUGCACACACACACACACACACACACACACUUCUUAUUUUGACAAGCUCGACAGCCCCCGCCACGACUCGGCCAUUCUGGAGACACGUGUCACUCGUCGUCGUUGCUGAUUUUUUUCCUUAAUUUACUCAUAUUUAAACUUCUGGUUUGCUGUAGUCAGGGAUGAAGUGGAGGACGAUCCACAGUCCUAUAAUAGAAAUUAUCCGUUUUUUUAAGGCUGACAUUAAAUAUGUGAAAGGGAAAUUUGAUGAAACAAAUCACAUUACGACCCAAGGAAUAAGGGGAUUUUAAAAUAUCAAUGUUUUGAAAGUGUGAAUUGUGUUUGUAUUGGUGGUUGUUUUGCGGUUUUUUUUUAUGACAGGAAGUCAAAGUUUACCCACUUAUUGAUCGGCCACCGACACGUCACUGGCGUUCAGCUGCACACAAGACAUGUAGACGGUGGUUGAAAGGAAAUUAAUGAACGAGCUAAUAUUAUUUCGCCUGGACGUGAGGAGGGUCGUUUAGUUGUUUUUUUUUUGGGGGGGGGGGGGGGGGGGGGGGGGGGGGUGUGUGAAGAAAUGCAGAGGCAAGUGUUGAAUCGAGAGAAGUGUGCUUGUUGGGUAAUUGUUGUUUCAGACAAAUCGGUUUUCUCAAGCAAAUCAAAUUCCAGUUGUUUCACAUCUAUGCAAAAACCCAACGAGACCAGAGAGAGGCGAGGCAACAAGGCCCGGAAAGACACCGUGUGUGUUUCAUCAGCACUGCUGUUGCACGUGCACGCGCGCGCGCACACACACACAUGCGCACACACACAUGCACACACACAAACACACACACACACACACACACACGCGCUUGCACAAUUGAAUCAACACCCAAUCAACCUCGCUGUGUGUUUUAACUCAUAAAGAAGAAGAAGAAGAAGAAGAAAAAUCAUCUCAAAACAAUGAAAUCAUCUCAUUUUCGUUUCUUUACUCUAAUUUAUUCGUGUAUUAUCUUAAUUAUUAUGCCACUUGAGCCAUUGCACUGUAUUUUUUAAAUUUCUAAAUUACAUUUUGAUUCAGUAUUUAAAUUUUUAUUUGCAAUCUGCUGUUGAAUAAUUUAUUAUUAUUAUUAUUAUCAUCAUUAUUAUUAUUGCACGUAUUUAUUGUGUUGUUUUUGUAACUAAUGUUGAAAGUCUCUAUGGAAACGAAGGGAUACAUGUGUUGCUGGUCUUUUUCUUUUUUUUUCCUUUUUCAUAAAAUUCAAGUCUUUCAACUUUGUAUUCAACAAACUGUGUGGUCAAAUAAAAUGACAAUAAAUGAAACUG